AUGUUUGUCACGGACAUUAGAAAAGAGUUUUACGAAGUGGUGUCCAACCAGAGAGUUGCGCUGUUCGUCGCCGCUGAUAUUGACGCGCUCUGUGCGUGUAAGAUACUCCAGGCUCUUUUUCACUGUGACCAAGUCCAAUACACGCUGGUGCCGGUUCAUGGAUGGCAGGAUCUGGGCACAGCUUUCCUCGAGCAUAAAGAGCAGUUCCGGUUCUUUGUUCUGAUAAACUGCGGAGCGAACGUGGACCUCCUGGAGAUGCUGCAGCCCGAUGACGACAGUGUGUUCUUCGUCUGCGACACUCACAGACCUGUGGAUGUGGUCAACGUUUACAACGACAGCCAGGUCAAACUGCUGAUCAAACAGGACGACGACCUCGGAGUGCCGACGUAUGACGACAUCUUCAGAGACGAAGAGGACGAGGAAGAGGACUCUGGGAACGAGAGCGAGGAUGGCUCGGAGCCCUCGGGGAAAAGACGGAGAUUUGAUGAGGGGGCGCUAGAGAGAAGAAUAGAACGACAGCGAGCCAAGAGGGAGUGGGAGGCACGGAGAAGGGAAAUCCUCUUUGAUUAUGAGCAAUAUGAAUAUCAUGGGACUUCGGCCUCUAUGAUGUUUUUUGAACUCUCCUGGGUUUUGACCAAAGACACCAAAGACAUGCUCUGGUGGGCUGUUAUCGGUCUGACGGAUCAGUGGGUGCAUGAUAAAAUCACACAUAUGAAGUAUAUCACAGAUGUAGCAACUUUACAACGACACGUGUCUCGACACAGUCACAGAAACGAGGACGAGGAGAACUCUCUGUCCAUCGACUGCAUGAGGAUCUCCUUCGAGUACGAUCUGCGUCUGACUCUGUACCAGCACUGGUCUCUGUACGAGAGCAUCUGUAACUCCUGCUACACCUCCUGUCAUUUCAAACUCUGGACUCUCAAUGGGCAGAAGAAGCUUCAGGAGUUCCUCGCAGACAUGGGUUUACCUCUGAAACAAGUGAGGCAGAAGUUUAACUCCAUGGACCUGUCCAUCAAAGAGAACCUGAGGGAGAUCAUUGAAGAAUCCUCCAACAAAUACGGCAUGAAGGACAUACGCAUCCAAACCUUCGGGGUCCAUUUUGGAUUUAAGAAUCGCUUCUUGGCCAAUGACAUGGUCCACGCCACAUCCGCUCUGCUGGAGAGCUCAGAGAAGGACGAGAGCGACGGAGAUAACUUCAUCAAAGCUCUGGAUUCUCUCUCCAGGAGUAACCUCGAGCGCCUUCAUUCAGGAAUCGACUUGGCCAAAAAGAAACUGAUGGCGAUUCAACAAACUGUGGCCAGCUGCAUCUGCACCAACCUCAUCCUGUCCCAGGGCCCCUUCCUCUACUGCUACCUCAUGGAGGGAACACCUGACGUGAAGCUGUAUUCGAAGCCUCUGUCGCUGACGCUGCUGAGCAAGCACCUGCUCAAGGCUUUUAUCCACUCUACGAGGAACAAGCGCUGCAGACUCCUGCCUCUGAUCAUGGCGGCUCCUAAAGACGUGGAGAAAGGAACAGUCAUCGUGGUCGGAAUCCCUCCGGAGUCAGAAACGUCCGAUAAGAAAAAUUUUUUCGGUAGGGCGUUCGAGAAAGCGGCUGAGAGCACCAGCUCCAGAACUCUGCACGACCACUUCGACACGUCCAUAAUUGAGCUGAAAACGGAGGACAGAAGUAAAUUCCUGGAUGCACUUAUUACUCUGCUGUCCUGA